AUAACACAAUUUUAUUAAAAUUAACCUUCCCAUAAUUAAACCCAAAACAAGUGGCAUCUUUCUAGGUGUUAUGUAUAUUAUUCUCUUCUCUCUUUAUUAUCAAUUGAGUGUGUGGCUGUGUGUGUUGGUGUUGGUGAUUUUUCGUAAUACUUUCGUAGUUUCGAAUUUUCUUUCAUUCCUCCAAAAAGUUGUGUUGUACCUUCUCUGGCCAAGACGAUGGCGGCUACAUUAGGAAGAAUUUGUGGCUCUAAAUUGCUUAAAUCAGUACCUGCAUUAAACCUGCAGCAGGCUAACAAUUUGUCCACUGCCAAAACAUGGACUAAUGGCCAAAAGAAGUUCAUUGCCACUAUUGGCGCUUUAACCGGUGGUGUUGGUGCCUUGAUCUACGCUAUGGAGCAAUCAGUUGAUGCCUCCGGCACUGAAGUUCACCCACCAGCCAUGCCCUGGAGCCAUAAUGGUUUGAUUUCAGCUUUGGAUCAUGCCAGUGUACGUCGUGGUUAUGAAGUGUACAAACAGGUAUGCUCUGCCUGCCAUUCAAUGAAAUACAUUGCCUAUCGUAAUUUAGUUGGUGUAACUCACACUGAAGCUGAAGCCAAGGCCGAAGCUGAGGGUAUUAUGGUUCGUGAUGGUCCAGAUGAUACUGGUAAUUAUUAUGAUCGUCCUGGUAAGUUGUCGGAUUACUUCCCUUCACCCUACCCCAACGAAGAGGCUGCCCGUGCUGCCAACAAUGGUGCCUAUCCUCCAGAUUUGAGCUACAUUGUCUCAGCCCGUAAAGGUGGUGAAGAUUAUAUCUUCUCUUUGCUCACUGGCUACUUUGAUGCCCCAGCUGGUGUACAAUUGCGUGAGGGACAAUACUUUAACCCCUACUUCCCAGGUGGUGCUAUUGGUAUGGCUCAAGUCUUGUACAAUGAGGUUAUUGAAUACGAAGACGGCACCCCAGCCACCCAAAGUCAAUUGGCCAAGGAUGUUGCCACUUUCCUUAAAUGGACCUCAGAGCCAGAACAUGAUGUACGCAAGAGUAUGAUUGUUAAGGUCAUCGGCAUUAUGUCUUUCUUGACCAUCAUCUCCUACUACAUUAAGAGACACAAGUGGUCCGCUUUGAAAUCAAGAAAGAUCUUCUAUGUACCCAAGAAAGAUUAAACUAAAUUACGUAUAAAAUAUAAAUAAUAACAAAUUUAAAUAAAAAAAACGCCACACAUUUCUAUUUACAAACUAAAGAGUAUGCAAUUAGGCUCACUUAAAAACAAGAACUAGAGCCAAGCCACCACCAUCACCAUCAUCUAACGAUAAUGAAUGGAAAUUAAAUAAAUGAAUAAUUAAACAAAAAUAAUGUUAUUAGAAAAAUGUUAAAUCUAAAAGCUAAACCAAGAAAAAGUCAAACUAAAUAAAAACAAAAAAUUACUAUUAAACGUAAUUUAAAACCAAACAACAA